AUGCUCUCGAACAUAAAGGUUGGAAUUAUUGGUGGAUCUGGACUAGAUGAUCCCAGGAUUCUUGAGAACCAGUCUGCGUAUUUUGCUACAACUCCUUUUGGAGAACCCUCAGAUGAGUUACUUGAAGGCACCAUUUCUGGGGUUCCUUGUGUCCUACUUCCAAGGCAUGGUCGUAGGCAUAGCAUAAUGCCGGGAAAUGUGAAUUUCCGCGCCAAUAUUUGGGCUCUUAAGGAGGCGGGUUGCACACAUGUGUUGGCUUCCAAUGCCUGUGGUGGUUUGCAAGAAUAUACCCGUCCUGGCGACCUUGUUGUGCUUGAUGACUUCUUUGAUCGAACGCAAAAUCGCAAGCAGACUUUCUAUGAUGGGGAGCCUGGCCAUCCCGUUGGAGUCGUUCACCUUCCCGCCUCUAGUGUUUAUUGUGAAAGAACCCGCAAAGUGUUGAUCAGGGCGGCAAUGAGGUUCAUGCCGGACACAUAUAUUCCGGGGGACACACGACCGGAGAAUGACGUUCCACGCCUACAUUUGAAAGGCAGUUGUGUGACAAUCGAGGGACCUCGAUUUUCGAGUCGCUGCGAAUCCAAACUCUUCCACAGCUUGGGCUUUGAUGUCAUUAAUAUGACCAACGUGCCUGAGGUGAUUCUUGCCAAGGAGGCUGGCCUUUGCUACGCCACACUGGCCAUUGUUACCGACUACUGCGCUUGGCACGAUUCUCGUGAUGCCGUAAAAGUUGAAACUGUAAUUGAAAAUUUCAAGAAGAGUGCUGAAACCGUCAAGAACACUCUUGUCGAAGCCAUCAAGCUUCUUAAAACAGAAGAAUGGGAUGACUUGAUUGCCACGAACCGAGAUGUCGCUGAGAGAUCCCGUCAAGACGUUCACUAA